AUGGCGGCGUCUUUUUUGCGGGGGAAAGGACACGUGUCGUCUCCCAGAAAGUCCAACGCACGUUUUGUCGUCAAAGCGGGAUCUUCUUUCGAACAAAAGUUCGGCAAGGACGGCUCGGGGGCAUUUUCCGGAGGCGUCGGAGGCGGCAUGGCUGGACAAUCGCAAGGCGAAGUUUCCGCGCAAGAUUUAGCCAUCUUGCAACAGCGUUUGGGUGGACAACAAAUCUCCUUUGAAGGCGCCGGGGCGCAACAACUGCAACAGAAAGGUUUAAUCGACGCGCAAGGGAACUUGAUGAGCGCAGGGCAGAAACCGAUUAAAUCGAGCAAUCCAGACGCGUUAGAGAUUAAUUACGAUCCGGACGGGGUUCUUGGUGAUGUUUCGGAUGAGAACGAUAUGCUCAUCGAUAGACAUUUGGCGAAGCGAGACGCGCAGGCGUUGGAGGCGGAGAAGGAAAAGUUGAAAGAGGAGUGGAAGAAGAAACGGAAGGAAUUGGAGGAGGCGAGAGAGGCGAGACCGGAACCGACGUCGCCGGCGGAGUUGGUGACGUACUUUUUCGAGACUGAGUUUAACGAGAUGGAAUUUGAAAUCGUACGAAAUAGACCGAAAUUAAACGAAGAGUUCUUCGCGUAUUUGAAGAGUCAAAUGGAAGACGCUUCGGUGAGCGAAGACAUGAAAGGGAAAAUCGACGCGUUGAGCACGGUCACCUCAAACUUUGUCGGUUUCGUCGAUCAAACCACCAAAGCUAUGUUACAACCAAAAGAACGAAUGAUGAAACUGUUAACCGCGAAGGAUAAAAAAGCGAUGAUUUUGGAAAUGGUUGAUAACGACGAGUUGGAUAUGAACUUGAUGGCGCUUCUCAUGACGAACAUCAACACGGCCAAAGCCGCAGGAUUGGAUCAAGAAGCCGCGUUUAUGCAGAAGAUUUACUCCGCGUGCGCGAAAUUCGUCGAUGGCGCGUAA